UUUUAAAAGUAACUGGGACAUGGAUUUUCUGCAGCCUGCCACCCACUCUGUCUCCUCCGCCUGAAUGGGACUGAAUGCUUUUCCUAUGACAUAGCAAGAAACGUAUACAUUCGUGUCUCUGUGGUGUGUGUCUGUGUGUGCCUGCAUAUCAUUGACACAUCAUUAGCAUUGAUGUAUUGAUGGCAUGGUCCACCUUCAUCGCCUUGGUGAUUUGGAUUUAAUGACUAGCCGUGUGGAUUGACGUCUUCAUCAUCAUCAGAAUUCUCUACACCAGCGGUGCAUUGAGGAGGCCAUGAGAGGGGCAUGAGAAUGUGGCCUGAGGAUAGAAGGUGCCAGUGUCACUCUCAUCAACCACUCACUUCCACUCGCUGAGCUUGUCCCCAUCCCAAAACACAGGCAAACCUUCACUGUCUGUAACCGGUAGGAUGGGGGCUGGGGAAGCGAGCGGGCACAGCUACCUGGUGGCGUGCUGGCAGCCCAUCCUCAUACUGAUGCUGGGCACCGUGCUGUCCGGCUCCACCACGGGCUGCCCGUCGCGCUGCGAGUGCAACGUGCCCGAGCGCGCCGUCGUCUGCCACCGCAAGAAGCUGAUGUCCGUCCCCGAGGGCAUCCCCGCCGAGACGCGGCUGCUGGACCUCAGCAAGAACCGCAUCAAAACCAUAGACUCGGACGAGUUUGCCAAUUUCCCCAACCUGGAGGAGCUGGAGCUGAACGAGAACACCAUCUCCGUCAUCGAGCCGGGGGCGUUCAACAACCUCUAUAGCUUGCGGACACUGGGGCUGCGGAGCAACAAGCUCAAGCUCAUCCAGCUAGGGGUGUUUACGGGCCUGAGCAACCUCACCCAGCUGGACAUCAGCGAGAACAAGAUCGUCAUCCUGCUGGACUACAUGUUCCAAGACCUGUACAGCCUCCGGUCCCUGGAGGUGGGGGACAACGACCUGGUGUUCAUCUCCCACAGAGCCUUCCACGGCCUGAGCAGCUUGGAGCAGCUCACCCUGGAGAAGUGCAACCUAACUGCCGUGCCCACGGAGGCCUUCACCCACCUGCCCAGCUUGGUCGCGCUCCGCCUGCGCAACCUCAACAUCAACAUCAUCAAGGAUUACGCCUUCAAGCGGCUGUACAGGCUCAAAGUGCUGGAGAUCGCCAACUGGCCUUUCCUCGACACCAUGACGACAAACAGCUUGUACGGUUUGAAUCUCACCUCUCUGACCAUCACCAGCGGCAAUCUCACGUCCAUCCCGUACGUGGCUCUCCGCCACCUGGUCUACUUGCGCUUUCUGAACAUGUCGUACAACCCCAUCCUCACCAUCGAGGGGAAUAAGCUUCACGACCUUCUUCGGCUGCAAGAGUUUCAUCUGGUAGGUGGGAGGCUGGCUGUCAUUGAGCCCUAUGCCUUCAGAGGCCUAAACUAUCUCAAGAUCCUCAACGUGUCUGCAAACGCACUCACCACACUGGAAGAGGCUGCUUUUCACUCGGUUGGGAACCUGGAGACGCUGGCGUUGUACGACAACCCCUUGGCUUGCGACUGCAGGCUUCUGUGGAUUUUCCGACGGCGAUGGAGACUCAACUUCAAUCGGGGACAGCCCACCUGUGCCUCUCCCGAGUUUGUACAAGGCAAGGAGUUCAAGGACUUCCCAGACAUCCUCCAGCCCAACUACUUCACUUGCCGCAAGUCGAGAAUCCGCGACCGCAAGCCACAGCAGAAGUUUGUGGACGAGGGGACCACCGUGCACUUUGUGUGCCAAGCGGACGGCGACCCCGCUCCGGUCAUCCUGUGGCUCUCCCCGCAGAAGCAGUUCAUCACCACCAAGACGAUCGGCCGUCUGACGGUGUUUCCCGACGGCACCCUGGAAGUGCGCUACGCCCAGAUUCAAGACAACGGAACGUACAUGUGCAUCGCCAGUAACGCCGGUGGUAAUGACACGGCGUUGGCCCACCUGCAUGUCCACAGUUACUCCCCCGACUGGCCUCACCAGCCUAACAAAACCUUCGCUUUCAUAUCUAACCAGCCCAAUGAUAACGGUGCCAACGGGACGAAAGCCGCCGUCCCCUUCCCCUUUGACAUUAAGACCCUGAUCAUUGCCACCACCAUGGGUUUCAUCUCUUUUCUUGGUGUCGUCCUGUUUUGUCUCGUACUGCUCUUUUUGUGGAGCAGGGGUAAAGGAAACACCAAGCACAAUAUAGAGAUCGAGUAUGUGCCACGCAAGUCAGACGCUGGUAUAAGCAGCAGCACCGCAGAUGCCCCUCGCAAGUUUAACAUGAAAAUGAUCUAACACAUUUGCGGGACUUAAUGACAUGGGAAAGGCAAAAAAAGAUGAAGAAAAAAACACAAAAAUAGAAAGGAGAGGAUUCCCCUUUGACAACCCCUGGAUACAGAGUUAAUGUAGUGCAGCAUUUGAUUUUUUUCUCACUUACUUUGAAGGUGGAUAUGAAGGAGAAAAUGGUCUUUGUUUUGACUAUACAAGAAAAAAAAAAAUACCACAAACUCUGCGUUAUGGAUAUAAACUUGGCCUACUGGGACCAUUACUUUGAAAGUGAAUUUUGUCCUACGACAUUCGAGUUCUUGUGGAUUUUUAUUCAAAACAAAAAAAAAGAAAGAAAAGUAUAUAUAAAACAAACCUGAACCCUUCUAAAUGUUCGUAUCAAUCACUGGAAUGCAAAAGGCAGGAUCAUCUUUCUCUUUUGCUGCCCUUUUGCCUGCAUUUUUGUAUUCUUUUCUUUUCUAUGGUAUACUAUAUGUUCAAAUGCUUUGUCAUUCAGAAACUGAAGAAUGAAAGGGGAUGAUGAGCACAUUAUUCCAUUGAUCUGUAAAAUACUACCGUCCACAAUCAUUUAUUAUACCCUACAACCCAGUCAAGUAGAAAAUGUGGAUAAAUGAUCUGAUCUGGAGGUGGAAAAGGUGGCAUAAAAUGGAUGCUGAAUAAAGCAUGCAGAUUCUUUUAUUCUGGCAUUAAGUAUACAUUUAUAAAUUUCAUUUUCAUCAAAUGCCCCAGUUUAUGAAUACGGUUAUUACGUAACAUAAUACUAUAUUAUUUGCAUCUACUAGAAAGACAGUUAAGUUGAUUACCUUUCCAGAACAAAUAUUGUGUUCAUUCCAGUACUGUUUUACUUUUUAAAACAUAUAUAGUAUAUUCAAUAGCUUUGGGUAAAGAGCUUUAUGUAAGUACCCAUAGUCUUAAUUGCCCCUGAAGUUGUAUCCAAUCAUUUUCAUCUAAUGAAAUCCCCCCAAAUCUACUGUAUCUACUCAUGCCAAACUUACUAAUGUGCUCAGCACCCCUGCCAACAUUCAACUCUACAGUAGAUAUUCGUUUUGUGGAAGUUUGAUUGUCAAAAACACAUGUUGCCAACAUACACAACUCCAGGAAGAGCAGGUAGUUUAACCUACAGUACACUUCUCCUGCUACAGACAGAGCAGAUCGGAUUGGAUCAGGUCUAACUUUCACAAUAUACAUUAGAAGUGAGACAUGUAAUGAGAGAUGAACAACACCAUAGGUUUCUAAUGAGGAUGGUGGUUGUGUGUACGAGGACCUUAUAUAUUCAAGUACACUGUGUGAACAGCUGAGGGGGGAGGGGGGGGGUUCGAUGAAAUGCAGAUAAUGCCUCCGUUAUUUACGGUGCAUGUCAUAGGGAAGUGAUACAGUAAUGGGCCGGGGGUAUGGACUGGAUAUACAGAUGGUAGCUAGUCACAGAUGGCUUUACCCGUGCUGAUCUGCAGAGGCUUUGAAGUAAUCCAUUUUACAGAAACGUGAGAGAUGGCUCACGAUGAUUACAACUGCUCUCCUCGUUUCAGUCUGACUACCGUGCCGAGCCUUUGUUUUGUUAUGUUUUUUUGUUUUUUUUCUUCAGUCCUCAUCAGUUUAACGACGACUCUGAAAAUGUCCUUUUUUUCUGUUUUCAGUUCAAACCGAGGACUAUGUGAAUAUGUAGUCCGAGCCAAUUUUGUAUUGAAAUAUCAAAAAAAAAAUACAAAAUCAAAAAUAUGUUCAGUUGUUCGUGCAAUAAAGGUAAUAUGCAGAUUUUGUUUUUUUUUUAAUUAACAAUUUUCUUGAUGUUAAAUGGUUGAAAAUAUGGUAUGUUGUAUUAAACAAUCUAUGGCGAU